AUGAUUAGUAUGUACGAUCUUUUCGCGGGUUCAAAUUUACACCCGGAUAUACAAAAAGGUCACUACAACAACCUUGUUUAUCUUGUACAAGCAUACAGAUCACUUCAAUUCUUCCGCAAUAAUAAUAAUCCAGCACAGCCUCUUAUUCAAGGCUUUGUAAUUAUUUACAUCCAAGGCCAACCAUGCCCACUUCCAAUCAACAUGAUGCUUUCACAAAACUUCCCAACAACUCCACCAAUUUGCCAGUUGCCAAUCCCACCAUCAAUUCAAGUCCCUCCAUCCGCAUUCAUCAACCCACAGCGCUGCGUUAUCCCAGACGCCAUUAUGAGAUGGGAGCCAAGAACACCACUUGUAAAUUAUAUGCAUCGCCUCCGCGAAGUUCUCUCAGCAAAUCCACCAUUCCAUCCAAGCUACGUCCAGUACAUGCAAAGAGACAAGCCAAAUUACGUUAACUUCCUUCGCGAACAGUUCCCACCACAACAAGGCUCUGGAUAUCAAUCAGGAGCUCCAGCAGGUGGCUCUAAUACACAGCAAUUGACCAAUGAUGCUGUUACUGAAGCAGAGUCAAUUAUAUCUGAUGUCAAUAAGAGUAUCAAGGAAACACUAGAAUCUGAGAAGGAAACAGCCUUAAAUGAAGAUGUUGUUAAGCUUCUUAAGGCCAAGAAAUCAGAAAUUUUACCUGAUAUCCAAAAUCUUAAGAAUCGAAUCGACGAAAACAAGAACGUAAAGAUUCCUGAGUACCAGGUUGAUCCAAUGUUGGGCCAGGCAUGCACACAAAAUGCUGCAAAGGACGCCCUUCAUGAAACAAUGGAAAUUCUUACAACGGAGUUACGCAACCACAAUAUGAACGCAGCCGAUUUCGUUGCUGCUGUUAGAAGCCUUAAUAAGAAGCACUUCGAAGAGGUUAUAGCUCCAAUGUGCACAAUAACUAAUUAA